AUGUACAACUUCAUCUCUACAUAUGAAGGCACGGGAGGACGGCUUCGCCUCGUCUUGUCCUCAGUAGUACCUUGUAGUUGUAAAUUUGACAGUACAAUAAAAUUGACGAAACCCCCGCACGGCAACGAAGUGGGUCUAGCAGUAGAUCGCUUUUAAGAAGCUUGAUAGAUGUAGUAGAAC